AUGAAGCCAAACCUAGAAAUCGGAAGUUUGGUCCCCAAACCAAAAUUCCCCAAAAAGAGCGCGGGCAAUUGGACUAUCUUGGUGCAGGUUGAAAAGAUGAAUUCAAGUACUACCAAAGACCACAACCAAAAGCUACCAUCACAGACAACCAAAGAUCUCAGUCCCAAACCACCAAAGAACCAUCACAGACAACCACAGUCACAGACCACCAAAGACCACCAAAGACCACCGUCACAGACCACAAAAGACCACGGUCACAGACAACCAAAGACCACCAUCAAGGACAACCGAAGACCACCAUCACAGACAACCAAAGGCCACCAUCACAGACAACCAAAGGCCACCAUCACAGACAACCAAAGACCACCAUCACAGACAACCAAAGGCCACCAUCACAGACAACCAAAGGCCACCAUCACAGACAACCAAAGGCCACCAUCACAGACAACCAAAGGCCACCAUCACAGACUACCAAAGGCCACCAUCACAGACAACCAAAGACCACCAUCACAGACAACCAAAGACCACGAUCACAGACAACCAAAGGCCACCAUCACAGACAACCAAAGGCCACCAUCACAGACUACCAAAGGCCACCAUCACAGACUACCAAAGGCCACCAUCACAGACAACCAAAGACCACCAUCACAGACAACCAAAGACCACGAUCACAGACGACCAAAGACCACCAUCACAUACGACCAAAGACCACCAUCACAGGUGACCAAAGGCCACCAUCACAGAUAA